CUGCGAUUACAUAGCUGACUAGCGAUUAGCCCAACUGACUCAGAGAACGGUAGAGAGCAAAAAGGUAUUUGCCAUGAAAGAAUGUCUUCAAAAUCUUCUGUUUCUGCUUUACAAGAAUAUUGCGCAAAACAUAAAAUUCCACCGCCAACCUAUGAUUGCAAUAAUUGCUCAGACGGGUCUUUUAUUUGCCGGGCACAAGUCAUGAAUGUGGAAGCCGAUGGUGUUGGAAGAUCUAAAAGAGAUGCAAAGCAUUUCUCUGCUUCAAAUCUAAUCAAGAAACUUCGCGUUGAUCAUCAUGAUAUUGAUGAUGUGCGUCCGGUGGAAAAUGUUGAAAUACCCACGGUGGACAUGGUGGUAACACUUCGAGAUUAUUGUGUGCAAAAUCAACAUCCUCUACCCAUAUUUGAAAUAGUGCAGCAAGGAGGAACCCCAGAUGCUCCAGAGUUUAUAGCAAUGUGUUCAGUGGCAUCUAUACGCCGUUAUGGCACUUCGGACAAAAAGAAAGAUGCCAGGCAGAUUGCGGCAUCCGAAGUGUUCAAUGUAAUAUACGAGAACAAUAAACCGUUGGAACAUCAAAUGCAAGUGACCACAGUGGACACUAUGGCAAAUGAUGUGGAAUAUGAACGCUAUUUGAAAUUCAAAACCUAUCGAGAACUUAGGGAGACUCAUAGCUUCGAUGACCCACCUGGACUACUCUUAUGUGAUCGACAUAAUUAUUUUUGUAAAUUUCAUUUACAUCUAAAACAAGCCGCAAAGGAAAUUCUUAGAAGCCGAGAAUAUGAUGAGGAUUAUGAACGGCAAGCGAAAGAUUUAUUGGAAGCCUUAAAAAUAACUCCCCGAAUCACAAAACAUAUAGCAGAAAAUACUGUCGUACCAAUAAUUCAAAUUGAUGUGAAUUGCGAAUUCGAUGUUGUUUUUGCCAAUGUUUCUGGAUUGGUAUAUAAAACUGUAUUAGAAUAUUUUAAUGAUAUGUUAGAUUAGUUCUACGGUAAUAACUACAAUAUAUUGAGUUGCCCAAAAAGUAAUUGCGGAUUUUUCAUAUAGUCGGCAUUGAAAAAUUUUUUCACAGCUUGUGACUCCGUAAUUGCAUUCUUUCUUCUGUCAGUUAUCAGCUGUUACUUUUAGCUUGCUUUAGAAAAAAAGUGUAAAAAAAGUAUAUUUGAUUAAAGUUCUUUCUAAGUUUUAUUAAAAAUGCAUUUACUUUCUUUUAAAAAAUCCGCAAUUCCUAUUUUGGCAACCCAAUAGUAUACCAACUAAUUGCAAUAUUAUUAACUACAUUUAAAUUUUUAUAUUUUAAACCACAGAAUUUGUUGAACUAACCCAUUAGUGCAUAGAGCCCGUUUUAUCUGACGUUUUUAUUUCUUAUAUUAUUUAUAAGAAUGUUUUUCCUUUAUAUUCAUUUAUUUGAAUAUACCAAAAUAUUCAUAUCCAUAUAGAAAUUUAGAACAUUUCAUAAUUAACAGUUCUUUUUUAUAAUUUGGUCAGGUUUGAACUUUAAAGUUCUUGUUUACUGGAAAAAAAAUAAAUAAAAAUAUAAUCAAACGUCUAAAAAAGCACGUGUGACAGGUAAAAAAUGUAAGGAAACGAACUUAAAAUUAAUGGUUCGCUACGGAAACAAUAUUUUUUAAUUUUUUGGCUGGUUGAAAUAAACCAUAAAUUGAAAUAAAUCAUAAAAAUGUAGCAGAUUAACCUAUAUUAAGCGCACAACCUGCAUAUUGUUUUUUUUUUACGAAGGACGCUCUCUAAAGAUUUUGCGCUUUUAUAUAAAAAAAAUAUUUUUUUUGCUUAUUUGUCGCUUUUUAAUUCUGAAAAGUUUUUUCAAUAAUCUUUGCUAGGGAGAUUUAUGCAUUAAUAGGUUAACUCGAACAAGUUUUCAAAUUCUCUUCAAAAUGUAUUCCAUAAAUAAGAAAUGCAUCAUUAUUAUCAAAACUUUAAGAAAUAAGUGCUUUUUUUUAAUUUAAAUUGUAAUAUACAUAUGUUUUGCUGUACAAUAUUAACAUUGUUUAGCAUAAUUGUUAUCAGCUAUCCUUAAGUUUUUAAGGCUGCCGCCGAAUCUGUAUUGGUUUAGUAUUCCAACUAAUUACCAUCCCAAAGUUUUUGGGGUUAAAUCUUCUGUGGAAGCUACCGCGUCUGCGAUAAGCUGAGAUGAAUAAACAACAUACUCAAAAAUGUCAGAUAA